ACACAGGAGAAACAGCCGAGGCAGAUCGUCCUCUGAUGCAGCGUGUUUGUCUGCAGAAUGUGUGUAUUUAUAUCCCCGUUAUUUCAGUGACUUUUUUGGAUAUGUAACCGAGACACAGGCUGUGCGCCGCAGGUGGUUAGUGAAGAAAGAAAACGUUUCUUGUUGAUGCAAAGCAAGAGUCAAAGAUGGAGCCUGUUCACAUCAAAGAGGAGGUAAUAGAAGAGGAGUGCUUCGAUAGUUCUGUUCCCACGGAGAUGCUGCCCGUUCAGGGUGAAGGAGGGCCCCCCGAGCCAGGGUCCCACCCCGCUGGACUGAAACGCGACCCCACUGAACACGACUCUGCCAACUUUGCAGAGGAUGUCACUGAACUGGGCUCUGUCCAGGUCAUCGAGGAGAUUCCUGAGCUGGGGUCUGAUCUCUAUAAAGAGGAGGACUCGGACGACAUGUCCACAGAUGAUGAUGAAGACGACGACACUGUGUCUUUCCUCAUGCACAGCCCUCAGGUGGAGGCUGGGCCCGUCCAAAUAAGACAUUUAACUGAAGACUUGGACAGAUCUGUGUCUUCCACUGCUGCAAUAGCAGCGUUGAUUGCAGACCAGGAUUGUACAUGUUUCCAGUGCAAAAGGCCAGUUACUGGGAAGCAGUGCAGUCAGAAGGGGGCGAAAAAGAGAGGUCGCUCAAAAUAUGUGGACAUGCUACUGGGAGCGCAGUCAGCAAACACAAGACAGCCUUCACUAGCAUCGCAAGAACUGACUUUACCCUCGGAGGGGGCGAAGAUUCAGAACUUGAGGAGCGCUCGGCUCUCCCAUAGCUGUCGAGAGUGUGGGAAGAGGUUCGGUCGCUUGGACACCCUCACACUGCACCAGCUGGUUCACAAAGUGGAGAGCAUGCAUGACUGCACCGCAUGUGGGAAAAGCCUGGAGAAAGGAACUCUUAAAAAAACCAAAAAAAAAAAAACACCAGUGCAAUUAAGCAAGGGAGGCCGGGGACCAGUGCACUGACUGGAGAGUUUGAAUGACUCAAAAAAUGUUCAGCAGCGCUGGCGUGCCCACAAACCUCAUCACUGCACUGAAUGCAGGACGGAAUUCAGCUCUCCAGAAUCUUUAAAAGAGCACCGGAACGUUCACAGAGCAGGGGGACCGACUAUCACUGAACUGAAUGCAGGGACAGUUUCAACUGGUUGAAAGGGUAUCGCAGCACUCUGAGUGGGAGAAGCUCAGGCUUACAAACACCAGCGUAUUCACAUAGAAAGUACCCCUGAUCGGUGAAAUGAAUGUGUGAAGAACUUUACCUACACAAAGUACAGUUGGUGAUGUUGAGACAAGACACAGAGACUAUCGCCCGCUUUUGUAGAUGACUUCAUAAUAUUCCUAUUAAGAUCCAUGCCGUGGGUGCUGAUGUGGCAUCACAGAUUAGUAUCUGUAUGUUUUUGUACUUUUUAAAUAUUAGAGAAUGUAGUGUUAAUAGCAGAACGAUUUAAGUUUGUUGUUAACUAACCUUGUGUCUGGUUAGUUGAUACUAAAGGUCAUGCUUGGCUGAGAAUGGAAUUGGUUUCUGUUUUAAGUUUAGAGGCUUUUGGUUUACGCUCUGUGUUCAAUUCCCGAUGUGUUCAUUGUGUAAAGACAAGAGACAGACAUUGUUUCUACAACAGCUAUUUUAAUAAAGUCCAGUGGAGCCUA